AUGUCGCUGAUCGCUUCACCUCAAGAGCAAAACAAGCCACCUCCAGACCCAGAACCCGGGUCCCAGUCCCCGACAAUGGAGCGCCACAAGCAGGCUGUGACAACCAUCGCAUCUGCCGUCCGCGGCUUCUUCGAGCGUCGUGAGCCAUACCGCAUCUUCCACGGCAGCACAAAUAGCACACGGCCUCAGCAGACAGGCAAACCCGUCGUCGAUAUCAGCCCCCUUCGAAAUGUCCUCCAGGUCGAUCGCGCGACUCGCACUGCUCUCGUCGAGCCCAAUGUUCCAAUGGAUAAACUUGUUGAGUCUACGCUGAAGCAUGGCCUUGUACCGCCUGUGGUUAUGGAGUUUCCUGGUAUCACAGCCGGAGGAGGGUUUGCAGGCACAGCUGGCGAGAGCUCCUCGUUCAAGCACGGAUUCUUCAAUGAUACUGUCAAUUGGGCCGAGAUGGUUCUUGGAAAUGGCGAGGUUGUUCGAGCAUCGCGGCAGGAGAACGCUGACUUGUUCCGUGGUGCUGCUGGAGCUGUCGGUUCUUUGGGCAUGACUACGCUUCUUGAGCUUCAACUUCAAGAAGCCAAGAAGUUUGUCAAGACGACCUACCAUCGUACGAGCAGUGUCGCCGAAGCUGUUGCCCGAAUCCGCGCCGAGACCGAGAACCCCUCCAAUGACUAUGUCGACGGCAUCCUCUUCUCCAAGGACCACGGCGUCGUUGUUACUGGUACCCUGACUGAUGACAAGCCUGCCGAUAUCAAGCCCCAGACCUUCAGUGGUGCUUGGGAUCCCUGGUAUUAUCUCCAUGUUCAAGAUCGCACUCGCAACGUUCCCUCCGCUGGCCCUACUGUCUCCGCCGGAUCUGUCUCAUCCUCUCCUGUUGAUUACAUCCCUCUUGCCGAGUACUUCUUCCGCUAUGACCGCGGUGGUUUCUGGGUUGGCGCCGCUGCUUUCACUUACUUCAAGGGUGUUCCUUUCACAAAGUUCUUCCGCUGGUUCCUCGAUGAUUUCCUUCACACUCGUAUGCUGUACCGCGCUCUUCAUGGCAGCGGCGAGUCUGCGCGUUUCAUCGUCCAGGAUCUGGGUCUGCCUUAUAAGACUGCCGAGACCUUUGUCGAUUACACUGCUGAGAACUUCAACAUCUGGCCCCUCUGGCUCUGUCCUUUGAAGCAGACACCUCCGCCAACUUUCCAUCCUCACACCGGCGAGACCACAACUGCUACUGACGGAACUGUGACCACUCCACCGUCACUGAACAUUGGUCUCUGGGGCUGGGGACCUUCUGACCCAGAUGAAUUUGUUGCCAAGAACCGCGCUCUCGAAGAUAAGCUUGUUGAGCUUGGAGGUCUGAAGUGGCUCUAUGCUCACACUUAUUACAACGAAGAGGAGUUCUGGAAGCUCUACGACCGACAAUGGUAUGAGGCUCUGCGAAAGAAAUAUCACGCCGAGACACUUCCUACUGUUCAUGACAAGGUCAAGGUUGAUGUUGAAGCACGAAAGGAAGAACGACAGAAAUGGAAGCGUUCUCUCAAGAGUAAGCCCCCGCUGGGCGGCCUGUAUGGUAUCUGGAAGGGCAUUCAGAGCAAGGACUACAUGCUCCACCGACACGCAGAGUGGAAGUUCAAGGAGGAGAAGUAG